UUGAUACAGUUGUAACAAAUGCAUGAUGUCAAUAUAGAUGUCAAUAUACAAAAACAGCGAAAUUCAAUAGAGACACGUGGAGAGAAAAGGAAGUGUGAGCUGAGGGGUGAUAACUACAACAUUGUGGGGGAGUGUCCCACACACAGUCUUCUGUUGCUCUUGAGUUGUUUCUUCCCUGUGUCAUAUUCAUUUCCUCCUGACAUGAGCUUGUUAAAGAAAGCAAUAUUGGUGGCACUCGGCAGGAUAUCUGCGAGGCAACACACUCAGCUGUACUGAGAGUUCAUCCUAAGUGUUGGCUGUGGAGCAGGUGAAAGGAAAUGUCAGAGGGUGGAGUGGCCAGUCGUCCCCAAGUCUUUGUGGUGGAUAGCCAAACCGGCUUCUUCCCCCCACCCCGACCCGUGAAAAAAACACAAUGGACUCCCACCAGAAGCAAGUGUCUUCUGCUGGUGGUGGCGCUGGCUAUGCUGGGACUUGUUGUGGAAGGAUGUUUUGUCUAUAAACUUUACAUGAAAACCGAGGCAUUUUCCAUCUGCGUAUCAGAUCCUUUCUGUCGGAACAUGUCCAACCCCAAAAUAGCCGCUCAACAGGUUGGCUCCUUCCAAGAUCCAGCGGCAUCCAAAAGCGGCUCGAAUGAGAUUCAGCCAGUUCAAACUCUGCUGGGACCUAAGCCCUUUGCUCACCUGAUGUGCAGCAGCAAUCCUGUUGGGGAGAAAAAUGUGGUGCAGUGGGUUGACAAAGAUGGUGACGCCAUCACCCACCAAAUGGGCUACAACAAUGGCCGCCUGUUGGUGGAGAAGGAAGGUUAUUACUACCUCUACUCCAAAGUGCAGAUAAAUGCAGCAGAGGUGUGUUCUCUUAUCCAGCACAAGGUGAUGAAAGACACGGCCGCAUACGACCAACCCAUCGAACUUAUGAAAUCAAAGAGGACCCGCUGCUGGACUCCUAAACCUUCAAGUGUCAAGUCAUCAGGUGGGGAGGAUAUAUGGGACAGUUACCUGGCGGGGAUCUUCCACCUCCAGUCCGGAGAUCAAAUUUUCAUCACAUUGGAUAGUAUACAGAAACUGCGUCCCGGACCGACUGAAAACUUUAUGGGAGCCUUCAUGGUAUCUCCAUAGAAACAUAUUCCUAGUGACUAAUUUCACACUUGUGUCAUUAUGAUUAGCUUCUUCCUUUUUGGUUUGAAUGUAUUCGAAGAACUUUUGCAAAUUAUUGCAACCUCAUAAAACUGUAUCUGAUAUUCAGACUAGAUUAUUUGUUGAAGGAAUAAAAGUUCUGUAUGUUGAA